UCCGCUCAGCAGCGGCGGCUCCCAGUCAUCGGCCGAAAGUGUUUGGAAACGUUAACAUAUCAGUUAAAACAUAUGUACUUACGAAAAUGCAAAGUGAAUACCAUCCGAAUUGAAAGGAAAUCUUGGAAACCGUUAUCAAAUUUACAUUCAGUGUUAAACAACUGAAGGAAGGAAAUCACGGCAUUGAGAGGAUUCUGAAAUCAAAAACACAUCUGAAUUCGCGUUUACCAUCAUCUGAAUUUAACUAAGCAUCAAGUAGCAAAUAUCAAAUAUAUAUAAUCACUAUAAUUAAUCACAUAUUUAGUGUGAAUCGCAUAUUUAAUCCCAAAUCUAUAUAUCUUAAUCUUUAUAAAAAUCUUUACGAUCAAGAGUGUCAAAAGAUCAAGAACGAUUGUAAUAUACAAAAAUAUUCAAACUUAAUGCAAUCGUAUUCACCAACACUUAAAUAUAUCAAUGAUUAACAUAAAUCCAAGAGUGCAAUCAACUUGAUUGAGACUAGAAAACCUAUAUCGAACUACUCAAUAAUAUAAAGAUUAUAGACAAGUCUAAGUGAACACAAUUUUAUAGUUCUGUACGAUCUGUUUCUUAAUACACCAUAAUCAAAUAUUACCGAAUAGUCUUAACAAACCCAUUGAGAAAAGCUAUUGAAAGUACGCUGAAUAUUAUUAAGAACAUUAAGAACCAUUGAAAUCAAUGAACAUACAAGAAGAGCUUAAAAAUGCAUCCCAUACUUGAUCGUUACUAUAGCGAUCGAUAUCAGAUCAAGCUUAUAACCCGAUAUUUGAUCGAGCUCCUUCGAUUGCGAAAGAAAACAAAGCGCACUUCCGAAUUAUCGGAGUAAAGAACUGAAUUGAAAAAAAUAACAAUAUUACAAGCCACCGUUUUUAAAACCGGUUUCAAGACACCUCAUAGAGAGCCCAACUUGAACCAUAUUGAACCAUAUCGAACUCAAACCCGAACUUAUGAUAUAAACUGUAUUUCCGAAAUUGAGAACAUUCAAAUCGCGGUCGCAUUUCGCUACAUCAAACCGAUGUAGUCCCAUCGAUGCUUUGCAACCUGAGCGCUCAUUUCAAGACGAAUAUAUUCAUCAUGAGUGUCCAGAGCCGCCCAGGAUAUGUGAUCACAUAAGGACAACGCCAAGUCGCAGUUGUUCAUAAAAGAAAAAAUUAAAGAAAAAAAGAGAGAGGAGAGAGAGAGAGAGAGAGAGAGUGAGAAGGAGAAGGAAAAAAUAUAUAAAAGAAAAUUGAGCAGAGUUGUAGACGCGACAUGGAUACCAAGUUGGAGGCGCGUGGCCAGUUUCCGGCCUCGUUUCCGGACACAUUCAAGAACUUCUUUGCCAUGAUGAACGAAGACGAGGAUCAUGUGGGGCUCUUUGCCAAUCUGCUGGAGGAUAAGGUGAUUCCGCGCCAGAACAGCCCCGUGCAGCCCCAGCGGCAGCGGUACGGUGGCAGCAUGCGGAGUCACAGCGGCGGCGACCGCUCCGAUCGAAGGGGUCGCGCCGAGCGGCAGUACCAGCAGCAGAUCCAGAAUCAUCAUCAUCACCAGCAGCAGCAGCAGCAGCACCAGCAGCAACAGCAGCAGCAGCAAGGCACCCAACAGCAGCGCGUCUUUCAGUCGCGCAGUCGCAGCGGCAGUGGCAGCAGCGUUGACCUUUAUGCUAAUCGCAAUGUAAGUUUCUCGACCACCACCAACCGGGUCAAUUCAUUGCGGAGGAAUCGCUCGCGAGGAUCGCUGACCACUCUGAGCAGCAAUGGCUUAAAUGCCCUGGGCCUGGGACCCGUGACCCUUGCACCGAAUGUCAGCUCGAGCAGCAGCGGCAGCGUCCUGGACUUGACCUUGCCGGGUGGCACUGGUACUGGGACUGGUGACGGAGGUGGCGGAGGUGGAUGCGGUGCCCAGAACGUGUAUCCUUCGCCCGCAAAGUCGAACCUGAAGCCCGCUCUGAAGGCGACCAACUCGUCGGUGGACCGUGGAUGCGCACUCUUCGUUGGAAUCGAUGGUGAAUUUCAUUGCGGUGACAUCAAGUACUGUUCCCUGCACCAUGACAAUUCCGCAGAUGGCAUCCAACAACUCCAGCAGCAGCUCAAGAAUCAGCAACUCGGUUCUGGACAGAAACACGUGACUAUGGCCUGUUGCGAGUGCGUUUGCGGCAGUGGCAAGGCUGCCCGUUCCGGACCCGAUGGCGAGGACAAUUGCGGUGCGAACUACCUGAAGGGCUAUUCUGGCGGAUACAUGCUACCCCCGACGCCCAAGGGGAAGUCCAUCGACAAGACGAGCAACUUCACUUCCGCCGAGCUGGCAGCAUCGAAGAAUAAGGAUCUGCAGGAGCGACAGGAGCGGCAGGAGAAACGUGGGUCGGUCAUCCUCGAAAGGGCCUUCGAUUUCGAUGCCAGCUGCGACGAGAGCGACAGCAUAAGCAGCAGCACCCACAAUCCCGUGCCCUCGCCGGCUCCACACCAGCUGGCCUACAAUGUCCUCAAGCCGAUCCUCAAGCAGCCGCAGCAGCAGCAGCAGAAGGCAAUGUUGCAGCCGCAACAUCAACAGGUAAAUGUACAGCAACAUCAAGGAGUUACGCAGCUGCAAUAUCAACAGGUGACGCAUCAGCAACUGGGCAACCAGCAGCAUCAAGUGGUGACCCAUCAGCCCCACCAGCAGGUGACCCACCAGCAACAUCCAGGAGGAGGUGCCCACCAGCAGCACCAAGUGGUUGCCCAUCAGGCACACCCCCACACGCAGGCUAGCCACCAGCAGCCCGUGCUGCAGGUUCAGCUCCCGACCCCCGGGGUGCACGUGGUGCACCGCCUGCUGCCCACACCGCCCACCCACAGUGGAAAGGGGGCGUACCACACGCGUGAGACGGCCUUGCAGCGGGUGCAACAGCAGAGCGGCUAUUACAACCAGGGGCCGAGCACCUCGGCAUCUGCCUACGGCUAUAACCAGGCCAUGGAGCAACAGCAGAUGCAGCAGCAGCUGCACUACGAUCCUCACCAGGAGCUGCAGUUCGAGCAGCAUCAGCCGCACCAGUCGCAUCAGCAGCAUCAGCAGCAGCAACAUCAGCAGCAACAACAUCAGCAGCAACAUCAGCAGCAGCAGCAGCUGCAACAGCAACAUCAGCAACAUCAGCAGCUGCAGCAUCAGCAGCAGCAACAUCAGCAGCAACAACAUCAGCAGCAACAUCAGCUGCAACAUCAGCAGUACGCGGAUGACACCGAGCUUGAUUACGAUACGGAGUGGGAGUUGGAUGAGGAACCUGCUCCUCAGAUUGUGCCGCCACUCACCACCUUCAACGAUUUCGUCAACGCGGCUCAAAAUCCAACUGGCAGUCGUCAGAGUCUGCGGGCCCAGAAGUCGCCGAUUUUGAACAGGCGUCGCGCCUCAUCCAUAGCCGGAAAUCUUUUGCAUUCGGAUUACACGUACACCCGGAAUAGCAUCGGUGGAGCUCCGAUCGACUCCAACGACUUUCAGCGCAUUUCGCAUAGCAGCAGUGCCAGGGAUCGCAUGUCACUAGCCGGAGUCCUGACCUUUCAGCAGGCCAUGUCCGGAGCUGUGUCACCGCAGUAUGGCACAGUGGGAUCGCUGAAUCCCCAGCCACCCGCUUCUGGUGAAGCCGGGCAGCCGGGAAUUGUGGGAUCCGAUGGCAUUGGCGGUGGCGGAUCUUCACACAACUUAAAUUUGACGGUGGGCCUGGGGUUUCUCGGUGGUUCCAGCACCACUUUGGCUGCUGUCGCCGAGGUGACUAGUGGACCGGAUGGCAAUGGCGACUCCACCGACUCCCCGUCCCCGGUCUCCAUGAUUCCCAGCAAUCAGCAAAAGCAGCAGCAGCAGCAGCUGUUGCAGUUGCAGCUGCAGCAGGAGCAACAGCAUCUGCCCACCCAUUUGCCCAUGAAGCGGGAACGAGGCGUGGGCGAGUCCUCGGGGGCCAGCACAUCCGGCACCGCCAUCGCCGAACUGGCCUCCUCCGUCGUCCUGGCCACCCAGUCCGGCAAGCCGAUGACGGAGCGACAACGCUUAAGGACAUCCAGCAUGCCGGCGGAAAGUAGAAGGCCCCGUCUGGCGGAGAUGCGACGCUCGGCCAUCCAUGCCGGUGAUCCGGACAUGACCUACUACCGUCUGCGGAGCUUCAGCAUCACCUCCCAUGGCAUCUGCAACUUGGGCGAUUCCCUGAGAAGCCGCAGGUCACGUUCGAUCAACUCCGUGACUUCCACCGGCACCUCAAACAGCGGCGUGGAUCGACACAAUAGCAACGCAUCGGGGGCAUCGGGCGAAGUCAUCGACGGGGAUCCCAAUGUUCCGGCCUACAAAAUUGCCAUGCUCGGCGCCUCUGGAGUGGGCAAGACCACCCUGACUUACCAGUUCACCACUUCCGAUUACAUAUGCGCCUACGACCUGAGUCUCGAUGAUGACUACGGACAGAAGACGGUGUCGGUGCUGGUCGAUAACAUUGAGACGGACUUGGAGAUUAUUGAUCAUCCCGCAUGCGAGAUGUCGACGGAGGCCUUCUGCGCCACCUACAACAUCGACCUCUUCGUGGUGGUCUACUCUGUGAUAGAUCGAAACACUUUCGCAGCAGCCGAGCGUGUCCUGCAGUAUCUCAAGGAGAACGAGAUGCUCUUGUCCCGCGGAGCCAUCCUGGUGGCCAACAAAACGGAUCUGCAGCGACACCGAGUUGUCACCCGUCAAAUGGGUCGCAAGGUGGCCAAGGAAAUAGCGUGCAAGUUUAUCGAGACGUCCUCGGGACUGGAUCACAAUGUGGACGAGCUGCUGGUCGGCAUUGUGGCCCAGGUGAAACUCAAUCCGCAGCGUUUGCGAUUGCUAACGGAAUUGGAGCUGCAGCGCCUGAAUCUCCAGAGUACCAUCCAGAAGCACCGUGGAAUGCACCUGCAGACGCGUCGGAUGGUCCGCCAAAUGAGCGUUUGCCAGGGCGACGGGGAGAUCUUCGAUGGCGGAUUGCCGGAGGGGCUGCAGAACGGCGAGGCCAACGACGAUCCGGACGGAGUGCCUAGCACAUCGAAGGCCGGCCGGUCGCGGAUCGAGAAUCCCAACCGCAAGCCCCUAAACCUGGAAAGCAUAUUGAAGAUGGGCGAAAGCGAGGUGGACGAGGACGAGGAUGUGGUCAAGUCGUCGCAGCUGAGCAAGUUCAAUAUGCUGGCGGCCUCCAUACGUCAUCGUCGUCCAUUCCGCAAGCGUCGCUCGUUCGACGGCGGCGUUUCCACGUCUGCAGCCGCGGAUGCAGCCGCCGAACUGCAGCGGCGCUAUCAGCUCCGGGCCAUGGAUGAUCUGCAGCUGGAGGGACGGCUGGCAGGAGCGACGGAGGAGCGCUUCGGGGAGAGAAGUGGACUGGCCGACAGCGAUGACGAGGAGGACGGUGAGGAGGCAGUGGAUGGAGGACACCGGAAUGCCUGCAACCGCAAGGUGGUCAAGAAACUAACCGCCCGCACCAAGGUAUUCAUCUCGUCGGUGCUGCGCUUCAAGAAGGCCAUCAGCCUCAAGCGGCGCAACUCCUCCAGCUGCAGCGAUCUCUUCGUGAUCUAAACGGUUGGCGGCGGCGGCACAGGAAGUAGGAAGCAUAGGAAGCAUAGACUGAAUGUACAUAAACGGAGUAUAGAAGGAGGCGAAGUGGGAGCAUAGAAAUGGAAGCGGAAGCGGAAACGGAACCGGAACCGGAACCAUCCAGACCAGGAGAUCCAGAGACCAAAACAGACAGGCACAACGAAACAGCAGCGCAAACCGAGGUGGAGUCGAACACGGAAGUGCAGGAGUAAAGGAGGUCAACUUAUGAGGAAGUUUCCAGUUGCAUAUUCCACAAAAACUACAGGGACAUUUUCCGUUUCAUUGGCCAACGGACGUUUGCAGAUUCAGAGCUAUAGAUUUUGCACUUUUUGAUGGCAACUGCAACUCGUCGGGCGAAGGCAAGCAAUACGAAAUUCUGGGCCAAACAGAUUUCUAGAAAUUUAUAAUCACUUGAAAUGGCAUUUAAAAGAGUGGUCUAGUUAUCCAUGCCCGUGCGACUUGCGGACUGAAAAUAUAUUGUAGACAACCUUUGGAAACGUAUGUAAGUGAUAUUAAGCAUCUAGAAAGUUUUGAACAGGCGAAUAUAACAUAACAUUAAAAAGCAAAAGACAUACCCUUUUACCACGAACCCAACCGGUAGGUGGCGCUGCAAAUGCGGACAAUAAUUUUCUUACCAAAAAUAUUGAUCAGCAAAUUUUACAAAAUCGAAAAUCCAAAAUCGAAAAACAAAGGGUUAAGCACGUUUUAUGCAAAAUCGAAUCCUAUCCGCUUGAAAACAAAAUGAAAAAUGCAGCUAAAAUGAAAAAAAAAGAAAACAUAAACAAACUUCGGCUUUGUUUGAGUGGCACAUACAUACAUACUCGAGGAAACAGGAAAACAGGAAAAACCGCAAUUGCAAUAUACAUACAUAUGUAGAGAAACAGGGCAAGGAAUUGCACUCUAUUUUGUUAUGUCGUUUUUGUGGUUUCUAGUUAUGAUUAAUCGCGUGGUUUCUGACAAGUUUCAAACAAAUAAUGAAUUGACUUUAUAACAUAAUGCAUAUAUUGAGUAAUAUGGUGCAAUUAUGCAUUUUUUUUCAACCAAUGAACAUGACAUAUGACAUAUGAUGUAUGUAGACAGGAAUUCUGGCAAACAAAUGAAAGCCAAAAAGAGCAGUAUGAAAUAGUCCAAACACAUUUUUUUUUAGAGUGGCAAGCAUAUUAAUGAAAUUCGAUUUCAUAAUGUCAAUGGUCCAACUUAAUGGCUCAACUAUUAACACAUUUUAAACAUUAUCGUAUACAAUUAAAUACCCUAUUUUACAUUUACCCUCUUUUGUGAUACUCUUAUAGUUGCUUAUUUACCAAAAAAGACAAAAAAAAAAAAACAACCUUCCACCAACAAUUUAGGUAUUAAUAUAUUUUUCCUAUAUUAACUGCAAUUUACAAUAAAGCAAUUUGAGAGCUUUUUGUAAGAUGCGCACCCUUGGAACUGCUGCUCGUUUGGCUAUUGCUGAACUAUACAUCUAUUGAUACAUGAAAAAAAAAAUAAUUGUCUAGCGCCGAGUUUUUAAGAAAAAAAAACAUUUUUUUUGCGCGUCUUUGAUCAAGAAUAGGCAAAUAAGUAUUUUACACUUCUAAAUGUCGUGUGGUAAGAAUACCGAAAAUACACUGAAACCACUAAAAGCACUACAUAAAGUACAUAAAAAAAAAGAUACCAAAAGCAGAUACCAUCUGAACAAUGAAACAAAGAGUUAUACAAAAAGUUACAGCAAAUGGCACCCGAAGAGGGAUUCUAUACAACACACAGAAUAUUCAAUAUUAAUAGCUUAUGAAUGCUAAAUCAGAGGAAAAGAGCAACUAUUAAUGUCAAAUCUUCAUCCUCCAAGACAUCGGAGGCGGAGAUGAAGUACCUCCAAUACCCCCUAAGUUUUUCCGAUUGCUUUUGUAAUUCCGUCGGUCGUUGGAACGCCAGCCACUCAGGCAAAAACCAUAAUGCGCUUAACCAAAGCCUGCAAUACUGUCUUCAAAUGGAACAGGCACGAAAUAAUGUACACAAUUGGUGUUUUUGGAAAUUUCUUAGCGGCUACUAUCGCAAACUCAGAAAUAUAGCAAAUGGAAUAUCGACCAAGCGACGGGGUUUUCACAAUAAUUUUAAUAAUUUUUGUUUAAACUUUUUAAAUUGUCAAUUUUCGUUUUCUAUUGCCUUUUGUUCUAGGUGAAUACAAGCUGUUAAGUGCAUUAACUGCAUUUUGACAGCUGGUUAAAUUAUUUACUUGCCUUAUUAGUUUCGUUGGUAAUCGCUUUCAACUGACGUUGUAAAAGCUGUCAAAGUUUUUGGUAGGAAAGGCGGUCUUCAAAAACCGAACACAAAAGAAAAGAAAACAAAACAAAGAAUAAGUCAUACAUUCCAGCAUUAUUUUUGUGCUGUCCGCACAAGCGGCAGCAACAACAAGUAACUUAGGUACACAAAGUCAAGAACAAAAAAACUUAAACAAAUUGAAAUAAAAAAAAAGAACACACUCAACUCAGCCACAAGAACUCCCCCGCUCACUCCUCACUUCUCACUCCUGUCAAACAAUUGAAAAAUAUGGAAAACGCUGGCAAGGAAUGGAGGCAGAGUGGUAUUGCUCAAAACGAGAAGCAAGACAUUGGACGAAUUCGGGGGAAUGAGACGGUGACUUAUGUGCCAUCUAACUAAGUACUUGGCCAGACUUGAUCGGAGCUUCCAGCAAAACGGGAGCGCUAGAAAUGGGCAAAAUAGAAAAAAAUGGCAAAAAAACAAAAAAAAAACACAGUGAACGGAACAACGAAUCGUGAAUGACCUAAGUUGGAGAUUAAGUGCAAGUGAAGCGAAUGCGUAUGACACCACAUCUAAUAUCCAAGUCAGUUUCGUCAACUCCAAUCUGACAUGUAGUUUACUGAACCUCUUUCGACCAUAACUCCAACCAAACGACUGCGCUGAACUCAGCUGAAAGUCCAGUGGCCAGGAGGCUUAGCGAAUAUAUUUAACUGGAUCAGAUUUAAUGGGGCAUCGAAUUCGAUUGUGCUGGGGCAACAGAAACUGGACAUAAGCUGGGUCAAGGGAAGAAACCCUGGACAAGGAACUGGGGACGCUCACUCUAACGGACAGAAUCACUUCGGAACUUCACCCACUACUACCUACUACUUCAAAAUCGAGACUGAUUUUACUGCUCCCCCCCUCCCCUAAACAGCACACACACAAAGUAUACACACAAGGUAUACAUACAUACAUACAUACAUACCGGAAACGGAAGAAUAUCACAACAACCUGACAACCUGACAACCUGAACUUCAACUUUCAUAACCUAUUUCGCGUACACUAUCGACAACACGAUAAUUUAAGAAUACAUUUACAAGUUAUAGAACCUAUCGGUUGGAUAAGGUCGCAUAUACAAAACUACUUGAAUACAAAUAUAUAUCUUAUAUAAUUAUAUACCCUAUUAUAUACAUAUAUGUAUACAAAAUAUAUACGAUGAAAUAUUUACACACAAGUUUUACUCCGUGCCAUUUGAGUGCGAUAAGUUAAGUUAAACCAAACUUUAUACGAAUUUCGGACAAGUUCAGCGGCAUUUUUAUGGGAAUCCAUUUGACUAAUGGUUAACUUGUUCUUAUAUAUCACUUAAGUGUGAUACGCGAACGGAGAUUUAGUUAUAGAAAGCCAACUGGUGCUCCCUACCAUCCUGUCAUUUAUUUCUUGCCCCUCCCCCAACCCACUUUCACUCCGUUCGAAUCAAAUCAAAAAUUAAAAAAAAAAAAAAACGAAAAAACGUUCCCAAAUAGUGUCAUUUUUUCCUUACAAAAUUGUUUACAAAUCAAAAGACGCUGUAGUUGUUUCUAUUAUACACGAAUAUACACUAUGAAUACUUGAGAUUUUUUGAUGUACGUUAAACAUUUAUGAUAUGUGUGUGUUUGCAAGAACCUCUAUUUGUAAUUGAUAUCCAUAUAUAUGUAUAUAUGUACAUAUAUAUAUGCAUAUAUAUAUACUGAACGACAAUUUGCUCUUAAUUCCCGUCUCAAUUCCGAGUGAUUUUGAAGUUUCCAAGCAAAGCAAUUGGUUUAGGUGAGCAAAGGCAAUGAUGGUUCCACGUGGCAUAUACAAUAGAAUACAUAUAAAGUAACCACGAUUUAGUACGUAUGCGUAAGCAUUUGUAAUUCAUAUUUUUUUGCGAGAAACCUUCAUUCAAUCAAAUUGAAUGGGCACUUUUAACCAUAAAUAAAUAUUUUACUCUAUGUGUAAUUAAUUACAGCUUAUACUUCAGCAUUAA